AUGUUCGAUGAGUCUGUCGAAGGCAGGGCCAGCGAUUUCUUGCGCAAUUCCAACAUAAGCCUACGAAAUGUCGUCGUCGCACAUAUGCUGCACAGAGAUUACUUCGCUGUGGCGUUUACCGAUGUCGGCCCUGCGGAGACCGAGUCCAGUCCGCGGGAAAACAUAAACCAGUGUCUGGAACGGUCACGAGUGGGCGCCGGGCUAGGGGCUCGGGCAUUGCAAACGUAUUCAAUGGACGAGAUCUACGUGGAGUCCAUGUCCAGUCCAGAGGCAGCGGCCGAGGGAUCGGUGUUGGGAACCUGGGAUUUCGAAGGAUAUAAGAAACUCGGCAGUGCGGUAAAGGUGCCUAAGGUUUUGCCGUUCGUCGCCGAAGACGGUGACAGGUGGAAGAGCGGCCAGAUGGUCGCUGAAGGCCAGAACUUGGCCAGACAUAUCUCCCAUAUGGCGCCCAACGUAGGAACUCCCGAAGGGAUAGCAGAUCUGGCUAUAAAAAUGCUCUGUCCGUGCAACGUUAUGGUCGAAAAAAGAGACAUACAUUGGUGUGCGAGCAAGAAACUGCACUCGCUGAUAGAAGUGGCCAAGAGCUCGCGGAGACCGCCAGUUAUGUUGGAACUAACGUACUGUGGUGGUCGAGAAGACGGGAGACCGAUGGUGCUAAUCGGUGAUGGUUGCACGUUCGACUCUUGGGGUUUGUGCUUGAGGAAUCAUAAAAACUUGCAGCACGGUAUGUUCACCAAGACUGGAGCUGCGGCCGUCAUAGGUAUCAUGAAAGCGGCUGCCCAGUUAUCGCUACCGCUCAACAUAAACGGACUGGUUCCUCUGUACGGAAACCAGCUGGGCGGUAUGGCGCUAAGACCCGGCUCGGUCAUCGCGACGUACAACAAAACCACGACGGAAGUGCACCGGACAAAUACCGCGGCCAGGCUCGUGCUCAGUGACCUAAUCGGGUACAGUGAGACGCUCAAACCUCAGGUGAUUAUUAACUUAGCCACUCUUUCGGUGGACACUUGCGAGUACUUUAGCGAGACAAUCUUGGCGUUUACCUCCGAAGACAAAUUGUACGACACUUUCGAGAGGUCGUCGGCCAUUAGUGGCGAUAGGGUGGUUAGAGGUCCUCUAUGUGACUAUUACAAGGCCAAAACUACUUAUCGCACACUGGCCGACACCCGAGUCGUACCUCACAUGUACAACGGAGACGCGAUGGCAGCGGCCAUGUUCUUGCAAAAUUACAAGCCCAAGUCAACCCAAAUGUUAACGUUAGACAUUGGUGGAUCGGCUUUUUUCAGAAGCCCAAAACCAGAGCAUUAUCUCAAACCAGGGCUAAUGACUGGAAGUCCAGUUCGGACUGUUGUGGAACUUUUAAAGCAAAUCGCUUGUCCCAAUGACAAACCACCAAAAUGUAGAUAA